ACUUGCAUAGUAAAGAAUGAUGAUUUUAUGCUUUACCUAGUGAAUAAUAUAGCAUUUGUGUUGAUUGUAGAUCUUUAGUUGGUUCCAAAGCAAGAUAAACGGAAAAGAAGGCACCAACAAACAAAAGUCAGUGACAGUUACUAAUCAUAUGUUACAUCAACCCAGUAAAGAAGAAUUCAGUGACUGGCCUAUUGAACUUCUAGCUAUUGGGACAUUUGGAAAUAAUCAGAGUCCGAAAGAUCCAGGGAACUUGAAUCAUCAGUCUUCACAUUCUGAUCAUCUAGAAGAACUUACACCUGAAGAAGUUGGAGAACUUCAUAAAGAAUUUAAGCUACUUCUUUGUGAACAAAUUCCUUCUACUUCCCCUGAUUUGUCUAAGGGUUCAACGAAGGAUCUCGAGAAAUUCUUUGACUGCUUACAAAACUUAGAAGAUGAUAGAAAAGGUUCAGGAAAUAAAGAGAGUCAUCUCAAGCAGAGUUACAGUGUUGCAUGUGGCAAAGGACAAGAAGCUCAAUUGGAAAACACAACCAGUGGCAUUAUUGGCAAAAAAUCAGUGUCUUAUUUCCUCAAGAAGGCAUUUCUCUACAGAGGUGGACUCACAGCCCCUCCACCUCCUCUCUUGAGAAAUCCCAUUUCACAGUCAAAGUUUGAGAAAUUAAGAUUGGAGAAGAUUCUGAGGGCUAUCCUGCACAAAAAGAUAGUUCCACAAGCAUCCAGUACAAGGGCUACCAAGAAAAAGAAGUACUUGGACAAACGAAAUGUGCUUGAAACUGAUGGUGAAGAUGAAGAAUUUGAAACUGUGAAGGACAGAAACAAAUGGGACAACUCUGAUUCUGAAUUCAUUGUACUAGAGAUAUAAUUGACCUCUUCCACAGCCAUUUCUUGGAAAGAUGAAGUAACACUAAACUAGAUAUGUUGCAUCUCAUCGGUCAUUACUCAUCCAAACUUCUCACCGUGAGUUUAUAACUAUUUGCAGAUUCAAUUCUGUUCCUUUUCGCUCGACAAACUCCAAUUCUUCUAAGAUUUUGGUAUAUGUGAAUAAUUUGCCACUGCAUGAUAUGGAAGAGUUGACAGGCACCAUCCAGUGACAAGAAUAAACUUUCAUUCACUGAGAUUUUUGCCAUGGCUUAUGCUUUUGCCAUGGUUGUACGUUUAUGGGACUCGGCACACUUCAUGCUGAAGUUUUUUCAAGAGGAGAGAAAAAUAAAGGGUGUACUUUUAAAUUGAAUAUUUAGCAGAUCUAAUAAAGGGUGGGGUUUUUUGAUGCAGCAGAGAUGGUAGUCUUUACAUUUACUGUUGGUCUAGUCACUAGUGUUAUUUUAACAGGCCUUCCGUCCAUGUUCUAUUUAACUCAUAGAUAUAUAUUGUAUGGAAGUAUAAGACAGAAGCUGUACAUCGAGAGUAUCUGCAAUGGUAAUCUGAAAACAAUGAACUAUAGAGAGAAAAAGUUGAAAAUGCAUCGUCUCAAGAAUGAUAAUGCAUCAGAUCCGAGUGUGUGUGUAAUUUUUCAUAUGGGUACUUGCAUUUUUCUACUAACAUUUAGUGCAUGUUGAAAAAUCCGCGCCCAUGUCACACCAGUUCAAAAAUGCAAGUGAAAGCAAAGGAAGGGUCCAUGUAACAUAUAAAACGCGUAACGAAAGCUCCUUCGUGCUCCUAUAUCUGAGUUUUGUUUAUCUAGAGGUCUUAAUUUUUUACUUUUACAGAAAAUCCUUUUGGGCUCGAGGCUUCGCUACAACAAAUGAACUGCAGGCAGCAUUCAUCUCAGGGAGUUGAAAGUGCCACAUUCCUUUGUAACAUGCCUUCAUAAGAUUCUGCUGCGUAGAGCUCAUGCGUUGAUCAUUAGUUGGAGAACUCAAAACAGCUUUUUGUACCCUUUUUUUCUCCCUACCAUAAAUUGAACCUCCUGGGCUAACCAAUUGCUAAGUUAAAUUUGUAUCUCUUCUAUCCUCCUUAUGGCUUCCUUCAUGUCGAUUCUCUUAUCAUGGUCUCUCUCAGUGCAUGCAGCUCCUAUAUGAAGAAACUUCUCCAUCAUUUCAAGGGAAUCCUUUGCUGUUGCUAUCUGUGGAUCAAUCAAUUCUGAUGCUCUAUUCUCUUCAAUUGCUGACCGCGCCCAUUGCACAACAUCAGUUCCACACUUUUGGUUGCUGAGAUAUUGUGACGGGAAUUUCCCGGUAAGGAUUUCAAGAAUUAUGAUUCCAAGACAAUAGACAUCACUUUUUGGAGAGAUUUGUUGGUUUAGUAUGGCUUCUGGGGAUUUAUAAGCAAAAAGAGAUUGGAGAGCUUGCGAAUUGUUGAGUAGUGGGUAAAAGGCAUAAUCUGUGAGAAGUGGUUCAUUAUUUGCAGUAAGAAGAAUGUUGCUAGACUUAAGGUUCCCAUGAGGCACAUCAUAUGAUGCAAACUCUGAAUGAAGAAAUUUCAUUCCACUGGCAACUCCCUGGAUGAUUUUAACGCGAGUAGGCCAAUUUAGCUGAGCAUGUGCUAUCCCCCGAUCACCUGAGAAUUUUAGAUAAUAUCUCACAAGAUAAAAAUAAAAAACAUUAAGAGUUUAUAUUAAAGAAGCAGCUCCCAAAUCGGCAUGUUAAAUACUUAAAUAUAUAUUGUGAAUAUUACUUCCAGGCAUAUUAGGGACCAAUUUUGGAACUUCAGAAGCAACUGUAAUUAUUCAACACUCUAAAGUAGCACUGUUUCACAACUUGUUCAAACAUGUAAACUUGCACUCUUUCUAUUUUUUUUUUUUUUGGUUGGGGUGAGGGUCAAUGACAAGAAUGGAAAUGUUUUGGGCUAUCUAAGAGCAUUUUUAUGAAUUAUGUAAUCCCGAGACUUUAAAAAAGCCGUUUCAAGGGGAAUUGUUUAAGAAUAUCAGCAGACUAUUUGAUAAACAUAAAUGAUAUCCCAUAUGCACAUUAAAAAGAAAGAAAGAAAAAGCUAGCAUAUUGUCAGUAUGGGCUGUUUUAAUGGACU